CUGGACUGUUGACGAUGACUUCACUGACCAUCAUCUGGUAGACCGUAGGACUCCUUACAUUCCAGCCCCGGCGUGCUCAUUCCAACAGACUCUGACACAGCUCCCUGCAUCCCUGUUUCACAUCCUAAUGCUGGGAUAACAUCGACAUUGCUGACUUUUCUCGUUUCUUCUUCUUCUUCGCCAACUCACCAAUCCAACUUCAUUCAUUCCUUCACUAUACUUAUCUCUAGUUACAACUUUACAACCACAGUCCUUACCUCUCCCAAAAUGCACAUCCCCAUCACCAUCCCCCUCAUCCUAUCCCUAACCCAAUUAACAUCCGCAAUCCCCUACACCACCACCAGCACAAGUAGCACCGCAACUUCAUCCCUCCCCCCCAAGGAAGCCAUAUCAUCCAGCAUCGCGCACGAAACCCCCUCCGCAUUCGGCGCCGCCGGUAUAAAGAACAACACAGCCGCGUGCCCGCCCUCGCACGCAUCCAAGCAAUGCUGCACCAACCUCGGCGACCAGGUCGAGGACAUCCUCGGCCAGCUCGGCGAGGUUGUGCCCAUAGUUGGUGAGGUUACGGCGAGUUCGAGGACGGGGUUGAGUUGCAACGCCGUGGUCGAAAACUCCGAAUGCGGACUCAGUCUGAUGUGCUGCUCUGGUAAACCCGGACGGCCGAAGGAGGAUGAUGAGACGCCGAGUGAGGGUCAACAAGAGGUAUGGCCUAUCUAUCUAUCUAUGGAUAUAUACUGAUUCGAUUGUUUGUUUCUAGCCCGGAACCCAGUCUAUCUUCCAGAGCGGGUGUAUGCCGUUCAACGAGGCGAUUGAGCUGGGGAAGAAGGAGGCUGCUGCUGCGGCGUCGAGUUCGGUGUUGGCUCGUGCGAGUCACAGUGCCAGUGCCAGUGCCAGUGCGACUCCAAGCUCUUCGAGGUUGUUUUAGUUUGUCAAGUGUCAGUGGGUUGGAUACUCUAUUCUAUUCUGGGGUUUAUAAUUUCCAACUCUAACCUGGUGUAUUGUUGAUGUCUACAUGUUCAGUUGAUGUGGUUGUAUUUAUUGAUUGCCAUUAAUGGUUCUGUUUCAUAC